AUGAUGCCCAAUAACGCCUUUCACAUGCAGCAGCACAUGCCGCAACAGCAGCAGCAGCCGCAGCAUCCCGGUGGCAUGCCUCCCAACGCCGCCUUCGCUAUGCAGCCUUCGGUCUACACUCAGCAUGCCGCACAACAACAGCAGCAGCAGCCUCAUCAACAGAUGCAGCAGGCCCCGCAUCAGCAGCAACAGCAACCACAGCAGCACCCUCAUCCGCAGCAGCUCCAUCCGCACAUGCAGCCGCAGCACCCUCAGCAACACCAACACCAGCAGCAGCAGCCCGCCAUCUUUGGUGGCGCUCCCGCUUCUGCGUCCGUCACCCAGCCCGUCCAUAUGGCAAACCCUGCCUCCGCUUCUUCUGCCUAUCAUCCCACUAUGCAACAACAUCAGGCGCAGAUGAGGAUUGCACAGGCAAACCAGCCUCACAUGGUCAACGCUCAGCAUCAGCGUCCGCCCAUGUCCGCCGCCAACAUGGCUUUCGCUCAGCAGCAACAACAGCAACAGAUGCAGCUCCAGCAGCAGCAGCAAAUGCAUCUUCUGCAACAACAGCAGCAACAACAUCAGCAGCAACAGCAGCAGCAAUCGACUCCGAAUCAGCCGCCGCGCACCCCGCAGCAGCAGCACCAGCAGGUUCUCUUACAGCAACAACAGCAGCAGCAACAACAGCAACAACAGCAACACAUGGCUCAGUCAUCACAAGUCAAUCUGCAUUCGCAUCCGCAUCCUCAACAGCAGUCGCAACAGUCGUCUUCCGCCCCGCCUAUGCAUCAACAGCAUCCUCAAACACCCUCCGGUCCAGGCCUACACCAUCCCUCCGCUUCUCAACCCACCACAGCACACAAUAGCCCCAUGCCUAACGUCCUCACUCAGAGGCCGGCACAACCUGGCCCGCAUCGUGCGCCCACUCCCAUCUCGCAUUCCAAUCAGCCCAUGCACAAUGCACCACCUGGAGCCGUCGUGGCCAGCCCACAAGUCAACGGUCCAAUACCGCCUCGCCAGGCUUCCGUGCCUCUCAAUCACGCGCCUUCCACACCCACUCAUACACGUCCACCCUCCGCUGCGCCUACUCCCUCUCUCCAACCAGCCACUGCUCCUCAGCCCAUGUCCAUCGCGCGGCCAGCCACAACCUCUCCCUCCUCGAGUCAGCUCCCUCCCUCGGGCCUUGCUGCUGCCUCGAUGGCCGGCGUCAACGGCGUGAUGCCAUCAGGGCUGGCUACGACUGACGCCAUUGCCGGAGCGCCAGGACCGAACCCUCAGCUUCAGGCUCAAUUCCCGAGCGGGGCAGGCGUGUUGCGGCUGCUGCAGUAUUCCGAAGCUCUCAGCUCUGCCGGCGAACGCGGCGACAUGGGCUACUGGCGCGCCUUUGUCAACGAGUUCUUCGUCCCUACCGGCGUAUUCCGUGUGAUCCUCUACAACGCCAAUUCGCGCGAGCAGAAAGGCUUCGAGGUCCCAACAUGUGUACUGCCACGCUUUCUGCUCACCAACUAUGUCUCAGGUCUCCGCUCAACCCAGUUGCAGCUCGAGAACCCUCGAGAGUAUCAUACCGGAUGGCCACCUGUCAACCCGCUACCACCGCCCCCGCCUUCGCACAAGUACCUCAACAGCUUCCCCUCGUCCAAUGUGACGCAUCAGGUGGACGUCUCCAAAGCCACCUUCCUCUCGAGCUUCGACAGUGGCUGGCAGGUGCAGAUGACGGGGCUCUUGCGGGCAUGCUUCGUGCCUUGGGCGGUGCCGCAGCCGGGCGAGCCAGGAAAGAUGGGCGUGCGACUGCGACUCGAAUCGCUUGACUUCACCGUGCAUGCUCACACGGGCUUCAUUCCACGCAUGGCCAUUCAAAAGUCCAAAGUGGAGCACCCUCUACCCAACAGCUUGGUGUCCAACAUCCUCAGCACAGGUGACAGCAGCGCAUCCAGUCAAAACGGAUCCAAGAAAGGUCAGGCGAGAGGUGCCGCGGCGGCUCGCAAGGAGGAAGCCGGCGACACGAAACGGGACGAGAACGGCGAUGCGGUGGUCAAGACCGAAGACGGAUCCGGCUCGGGCGACGACGAUGUCAGCAACCAGAGCGGAUACACGGUCGCGGUCGAGAAGACCUUCUUGCCAGACUAUCCGGUCAACGAGUACGGCAUCAGCCUACGGGCGAUGCGCUGUCUCGAGAUCACUGAAAGCGUUUGCCAGCUACGCGAUCUGAUCGACCUCAGCAUGCGGGACAAGUUGGGGCCCAUCGACUCUCUGCGCAAGUUUGCGACGCAAUACAGAGAGAUGCAAGCGGGCCGUCCAACGUCACAGAUUGGCGCAGCAGAUGCAAACGGAGCGAAUCAGCAGCCGUCCAGCGAUGCUGCUGCCACGCCAUCGCAGGUGCCGGGUCGACCGCCAAGUGCGCAAGGUGGACCUACCGAGAACGGCGUCGGCUCGAAUUACGCAUCGCCCAGUGUCCCCAAUGGAGUGGCAGGACUCAAACGUAAGGGCAAGAUGGCGCCGAGCCCCAGUCCCAAGCUGUCCAACACCAACAAUCCCGCCAAAAGGCAGCGAUGA